GACUCUUGGGUUCCUUGGGAGAGGGGGCCGGGGCAGAACGGGUCCCUAAGGGAGAGGGGGAGGCUGUGUAACACCCCUCCCCCACAGACCCUGGUGCCUCUUCACCGUCCCCUGCCUCAGUUUCCCCGUAACACAGACACCCACCAGGCCCCGCGGGAGGAUGGGGAAGCUGGACCGGAGGGAAUGGGGAAACCCACAGCGGUGGAGCUGCUCCCUCAGACCCCCCAAUCCCGGGCUCUUGGGAAGGGGGCGGGCUUUCGCAGGGAAGAAUCUCUGAAGGGGGGAAAUAUCCUUUGGCGGUGGGAGGUAGAGGCUGGGAGCCCGGAAGCCUGGUUUCCAUCCCAAGCUCUGCCUCGCUAAGAAAGCCCCCCGCCCCAAAGGAAGGGCAUGGAUGUCGUGGGGGAGGACGGUCGCAGCUUCGGGCCGGGUCCCGUCCCUCCCCGCAUCAAGGGCAGCUGGGGUGGGGCGGUAUUAUCCUAAUGAGGGCGCCUGAUGCGCGCGCCCACCCCUCAUCGCCGCCCCUCUCGGCGCCUGCGCGCUGAGUCCGCGGGGCCGGAUCGGGCCGGGAUCGGGGCCGCCGCCUGCCAGGGAGCGAUGGCAGCGGCCUGAGCGCAGAGGCGGAGCGGAGCGGCCGCGGCCCCCCCAGCGCCUCAGCCAUGGCCGGGGCGAAGCCGGAGCCGAAGCGAAGCGUCUCCAUCAUCCCCUGCUUCGUGUUCGUGGAGCUGGGCAUCCUUGCAGGCACCGUGCUGUUGGCCUACCAGCUGGAGUUCACCGAUGCCUUCCCAGUGCAUGAGCGCGGCUUCUUCUGCCACGAUGGCGCGGUCGCCAAACCCUACCCAGGCCCGGAGGCUGCCAGCCGCGCUCCCCCCCGCCUGGUGCAUGCCCUUGUGGGUGCUGUGCCCACCUUGGCUAUCCUGGUUGGGGAAGUUGCUGCCUUUGUGCGCCAGCCCCGGUGGCGCCGGGAUGAGGAGGAGACAAUCAUGUCAGGGGCCUGCUGCGCCUUCACCCCCCUGCUGCGCCGCCUUGUGCGCUUUCUUGGUGUCUUCUCCUUCGGGCUCUUUGCCACAACCAUCUUCGCAGGCGCUGGGCAGGUGGUGUCGGGGACACAGGCCCCACAUUUCCUGGCCGUUUGUCGCCCCAACCUCACAGCACUCGGCUGCCACCUGCCUGGGCCACGCUACGUGGCUGCUGCCUGCUCUGGGGAUCCCGUGCUUGUGAGGGCUGCGCGCCGUGCCUUCCCCUGCCGUGACGCUGCCCUGGGCGCCUAUGCCAGCGUCUAUGCAGCUAUGUAUGUGACCCUGGUGGGCCCACGGGGCUCCCGGCUGGCACGGCCUGCGCUGUGCCUGGCACUUCUGGCUCCUGCCUUCCUGCUGGGCGUUGUACGUGUGGCAGAGCACCGCAACCACUGGGCCGACAUCCUGGCUGGCUUCCUCACUGGCACCGCUGUUGCUGCCUUCCUGGUGACGUGUGUGGUGAACAAUUUUGGCAGCCGGCUGGCAGGGCGCCAAGGCCGAGAAUUGGGGCCAGUGGGGGGUGAGGCUCCAGCCAUGGUCUCACCGUGCCCCCACAGCCCCAUGGAGAAGCUCAGUGUGGCCCAGGGAGUCCGGCCUCCACUGGAUGAGCCAGACUUCUCCACCCUCUUGACCCGGGGGCUGGAGCGGCAGCUGCGCAUAGUCCCCCCCGGAGGGGCCUACCCAAUCCCGGAGCUGGGGCCAUCUCUGUCCCCUGAGGCCCGGCUGAGCCUGCUGCUGACACCCCCCGACGUGCUCCUGGCUGCCCGCUCCGUCACCAGCCAAGUCUGACCCCCUGGUAGCGGGGGUCUCGCUCGGGGUGGGUGGGCAGCAGGGGGUAAGAGGCUCCCAGCUCCCCUGGCAGGUCAUGCAUCCAGACACCCAUGUAAUAGGGGGUUGGUCUGGAAUGAGGGGGGCAGCUCUGGGUCGGAGGGGACUGGUUACCCCCCCAGAAAGAGGGGGCUGGGAAACUUUGGGGGGGUGGGGGAGGGCAUGGGCACCUGUGUGCCCUAGAUGCCUGGGUUCCGUGUGUCAGUGUGGGCAUCCCUGCUGGAGAGAGCAAGGACUUGGGGGGUGGGGGGGACAGCAUGGGUAGCAAUCCCUAAGCCUGGACUCUUCCUCCAGAAGCUCAGGGUUGCUGGGAGGAAAGGACGGGGCUCUUCAAGGCCCCACACACUUGAUUCCACCUGUUUGGGGGACUCGGUGGAAGUGGGGACUGGAGGUGCUCAGGCCUGUUCCUCAGCUGAUGUAAUAAAGCCCAUGUUUGUAACCGUG